AAUUUGGGAGCUUCCCCGCUGCUGAAUUUUGUCGAUACGUGUGCCACAUAAACGCUCUCCCUCUCUCUCCUCUCCUUUAUUCUCCACUGUUUCUGCUCAGCUCCGAUCACUGUAUUUUUAGCUCCUCUCUGUGUCUCCGUGAUAAAAUAAUCAAAUAAUGAAGCCAACCCCAUAACAUCCUCUCACAUAUUCUCUCUGGAAAGUGGCAAAACCAGCUUCUCUCUCUAGGAUGAUUAUGAUUAGGGUUUCUCUCUCUUCAUCCAUCUCUCUGAUCCUUCUGGAGAUUAACCUUCUUCUAACACUAUGAUUUUGAGCUUUGUGUUUCUGUUCAAGCCGAAGGUUGCAUUGUGUAACAAGCUUUUGUUCGUUGUAUGAAAAAACAAAAAAAAAAGAUCUUUGUGUUAAAAAAGACAGGGAUUGAGGUGGUGGUUUUUGGAAACUCAAAAAAAAUUAGUGGGCUUCCUGUGUUUGUGUCAUAUUUUUGGACUUUUUUUGGGAAAGAGAAGGAGUGGGUUUCUUUCAGGUCAAAACAGCUUGAAAUUUUGUCUUGUAUUCAAAGUUUCAGUUACAGCAACCAAUAACAGAGAUUUCUUUGAACAAAUUAAAAAAAAACAAAAAAAAAACCCGGACUUGAUAUUAUAAACCAAAAACUCCAUUUGGGUCUUCACCAAGAAGCAAGCAGCUAUUGAUCUUCUGUUCACACAAACCCAAGAAUCUUCUGGCUCAAAAAUCCAGUCCUGCUCAACCGGUUACACUUAAUUUCUCUCUCUCUCUCUCUCUCUCUCUCUCUCUCUCUAGACGGACUUUACAAAGUAGGGAUCCUUAAGCUCCUUCUGAAAUCUAAAGAAAAACCAAAACCAACUAGUUGUCUCUAGAGCUCUCUCUCUUCCUCCUUUCUCUUUUCUCCCCACCUUUUGUUGUCUAUAUUAGCUUUUGAGCUUUUGUUGGUUUUUGGGGUUCGGGAAAAUGGCCAUGGCGGUGGCUCACCACAGAGAGAGCAGCAGUGGGAGCAGUAUAAACAAGCACCUCGAUGCCGGAAAAUAUGUACGGUACACAUCCGAGCAAGUUGAAGCUCUUGAGAGAGUCUACGCCGAGUGCCCGAAGCCGAGCUCUCUGCGCAGGCAACAGUUGAUCCGGGAGUGCCCCAUUUUAUCAAACAUUGAGCCCAGACAGAUCAAGGUCUGGUUCCAGAACCGCAGGUGUAGGGAGAAGCAGAGAAAAGAGUCCUCAAGACUGCAGACUGUUAACAGAAAAUUAUCGGCAAUGAACAAACUGCUGAUGGAGGAAAAUGAUCGAUUGCAGAAACAGGUCUCUCAGCUUGUUUGUGAAAAUGGAUAUAUGCGCCAACAAUUGCAUACUGCAUCAGCUGCAACUACUGAUGCAAGCUGCGACUCUGUGGUGACAACUCCUCAGCAUUCUCUCAGAGAUGCUAAUAACCCUGCAGGACUCCUAUCCGUAGCGGAGGAGACAUUGGCAGAGUUCCUAUCCAAGGCUACAGGAACUGCUGUUGAUUGGGUCCAGAUGCCUGGGAUGAAGCCUGGUCCGGAUUCGGUUGGGAUCUUUGCCAUUUCACAAAGUUGCAGUGGAGUAGCAGCAAGAGCCUGCGGCCUCGUAAGUUUAGAGCCUACAAAGAUUGCAGAGAUCCUUAAAGAUCGUCCAUCUUGGUUCCGGGACUGUCGGAGCCUUGAAGUUUUUACAAUGUUUACAGCUGGAAAUGGAGGAACUAUAGAACUUAUAUAUACACAGACAUAUGCUCCAACUACAUUGGCUCCUGCAAGGGAUUUUUGGACCCUAAGAUACACUACAACUUUAGACAAUGGCAGUUUUGUGGUGUGUGAAAGAUCUCUUUCCGGUUCUGGUGCUGGCCCAAAUCCUGCUUCUGCUUCACAGUUUGUUAGAGGCGCGAUGCUUCCUAGUGGUUAUCUGAUUCGACCAUGUGAGGGUGGAGGAUCAAUCGUUCAUAUUGUUGACCACCUGAAUCUUGAGGCAUGGAGUGUGCCAGAGGUGCUGAGACCGCUUUAUGAAUCGUCUAAAGUGGUAGCGCAAAGAAUGACUAUUGCUGCGUUGCGCUAUAUCAGACAAAUAGCUGAAGAGACAAGUGGUGAAGUGGUAUACAGUUUGGGCAGGCAGCCAGCUGUUCUGCGAACUUUUAGCCAAAGAUUGAUCAGAGGCUUCAAUGAUGCUGUCAAUGGAUUCAAUGAUGAUGGAUGGUCAUUGGUCAACUGUGAUGGUGCUGACGAUGUUAUAAUUGCAGUCAAUUCAACUAAGAAUUUAACUUCUACCUCGAACCAUGCCAAUUCCCUUGCAUUACUUGGAGGUGUUCUCUGUGCAAAGGCUUCCAUGUUACUACAAAAUGUGCCCCCUGCUGUUCUUGUUCGUUUCUUGAGGGAGCACCGUUCAGAGUGGGCAGAUUUCAAUGUUGAUGCCUACUCCGCCGUAUCUAUGAAAGCAGGUGCGUAUGCUUAUCCUGGGAUGAGGCCGACAAGGUUUACCGGGGGACAAAUUAUCAUGCCACUUGGCCACACAAUUGAACAAGAAGAGUUGCUUGAAGUUGUUCGACUUGAAGGCCAUUCUCUCACUCAAGAGGAUGCUUUUGCAUCAAGGGACAUUCAUCUCUUGCAGAUAUGUAGUGGAGCUGAUGAGAAUGCUGUCGGAGCCUGCUCUGAGCUUGUUUUCGCUCCAAUUGAUGAGAUGUUUCCAGAUGAUGCUCCAUUGCUUCCCUCUGGUUUCCGUAUUAUCCCACUGGAUUCAAAAACAGGUGAUUCAAAGGAUACUUUGAAUACACAUCGAACAUUAGAUCUGACAUCCAGUCUUGAAGUGGGCUCAACAACGAGUAAUGCAGCUGGAGAGCUUACUACAUUUCACAAUACUCGAUCAGUAUUGACGAUUGCCUUCCAGUUUCCGUUCGAUAAUAGUCUGCAAGAGAAUGUCACAAACAUGGCACGGCAGUAUGUUCGAAGCGUAAUUUCAUCUGUGCAGAGAGUCGCGAUGGCUAUAUCUCCAUCUGGAUUGAGUCCGUCCGUAGGACCAAAACUAUCUCCCGGCUCACCUGAAGCUCAAACACUGGCUCACUGGAUCUGCCAGAGUUACAGUUAUCAUGUUGGGGGUGAAUUACUGAGACAUGAUUCCUUGGGCGGUGACUCGAUGUUGAAACAUUUAUGGCAUCACCAAGAUGCCAUUUUGUGUUGUUCAUUGAAGUCAAUGCCGGUUUUCAUCUUUGCAAACCAGGCAGGACUUGACAUGCUGGAGACAUCAUUAGUUGCCCUUCAGGACAUCUCAUUGGACAAGAUUUUCGAUGAGUCCGGACGCAAGACGUUGUGUGCAGACUUUGCUAAGCUAAUGAACCAGGGGUUUGCAUACUUGCCGGCUGGCAUCUGCAUGUCGACGAUGGGACGCCACGUAUCGUACGAGCAAGCGAUUGCAUGGAAAGUAGUUGCAGCAGACGAGAACUCUGUCCAUUGCCUUGCCUUCUGCUUCAUAAACUGGUCUUUUGUGUGAACGUUUUAAUUUAUUCCAUCCCUCUCACUUUCUUCCGCUUGAACACGCAAAAGAAGCUUGAGAAAAAAAGAAAAGCUGAAAUGUGGGAAAGGAAAAGAAGUUUUGUAAUUAAUUUAAUUUAAUUUUUGCUUUGAAGCAUCCAAAAUCUGCAACUCUGUUGCAAUUUGCUAUGCUCACAUGCAUUUAAGUAAUCAAAGUAAACAUGACGAGUUUGUUGAAGAAA